AUAUCACAACAUCAACUAGUUUACAAAUUCAUCAUUUCAAUCAAAGUACAGUUUGAAUAAAUAUGGCUUUAAAGACCAGUAGGUUUAUAAAUUCCUUUCGAUACUUUUUGGAUAUACCUAGUUAUAUCUCAUGUCCCCAGCUUACCCAACAGUACACACUAGGGACAUAAAAAUAAUUAAAAAGUUAUAUAUAAAAAGCUAAUUGCACUGGGGUGAACAUGGGCGGGUCAGUACAAAACAAAUGGCAAAUAAUAAAACUCCCUAAUUUAAAAUUAUUAAUUAACGCAUCACAUUUUACCGUAAUAAUAAGUUGACACACCUAUGAAACUUAAUUUACAAAGUAUGACACAAUCGCACAGUAUGUAUUUUAAUGUUUUUUUGAUGUUAAUAACAUUAUCAAAUGUGUAAUUCUUCGUAACUAUUCCAAUUUCGUAAUUGGCAUAUGACAUCCCAAGGGAUGCAGUAAUGGGUAUUUUUCGCUCUCCCCAAACCAAGCCCAAAUAUGAUUAUUCUUCGAUGUGCAAGCUUGACAGUCACUCGUCAGCAUGAGGCGACACUCCAGGUCCGAGAGCGUUGCCAACGUGCCAAUUGAUCCAGAAAAUAAAGAUCCACCCAUAGCGGCUGAAAAUGUAAAGAUCAAAAGGGGAAAAAUAAGUCUAAUUAAGCAGUAUUUGGUAGAUUACACAGCUAAUUCUAAUCUACAUGGUCUUAAAUACAUUGGAGAGAAGGAACGCACGUCUGUUGAAAAAAUAUUUUGGCUAUUCAUGUUCACAUGCUGUGUGGUGCUCUGCGCUGGGUUGAUUCGCAAAGUUUGGAUAAAGUGGAACGAAAGUCCAGUGAUCGUAAGCUUUGCUGAAAAUUCUACUCCAGUUUGGCAGAUCCCAUAUCCCGCUGUGACCGUGUGUUUCGAAACAAAGGCACAACAAACGAAAUUUAAUUUCACCGAAUAUUAUCAUCUUUACCAAAAUGAGAGCACUUACAAAAAUUUGACCGAGGAAGAGCGAAUGUUAUUUGAAGACAUUUCUCUAGUCUGCGACGAUCAUCUUGCUCCAGCAAAAGGGAGAAAAUUCUCUUCUGGAAACAUUACGGUUGAAAAUCUGAAAGAGUUAUCUCCAAAUAUAAGUGAAGUUUUUUUCGGAUGCAAAUGGAAGGAUAUCCCAAAAGAAAAUUGCUCCGAUCUGUUUCUACCGAUACUGACGGAAGAAGGCCUUUGCUAUACUUUUAACACGCUGGGAGCCGAGGAACUGUUUCGAGUAGAAAACCUUAACACAGAUUACAACUAUCUGGAGUACUCAAAUCGGACGGAGAACGAAAGCUGGAGCUUAGAGACCGGGUAUCAGCCCCAUACACCAUUAGAAACUUAUCCGCACAGAGGCUCGGGUUACGGUGUUAAGGCUGGAUUAACAUUUUUAUUGAAGGCUAGAACUAAAGAACUGGAUUAUUUAUGCAAAGGACCGGUUCAAGGUUUUAAGAUAUUACUUCACAAUCCAGCGGAACUGCCCCGACUUUCACAGCAGUAUUUUAGAUCGCCGCUGUCCCAAGAAGUUGUGGUCGCUGUCAAACCGAAAAUGAUGACCACCUCUGAAGGACUAAAGCCAUACGAUCCUACGAGGCGACAAUGCUAUUUCCCCAGCGAGCGCUACCUCCAAUACUUCAAAGUGUACACGCAAGCCAAUUGCGAAAUGGAAUGUCUAACCAACUUUACUUACGCACGAUGCGAAUGUGUCCAUUUCGGCAUGCCACACGGUCCUGGCAUGGCUGUGUGCAACGCGGGAAGUGUAGCUUGUAUAAAGAAAGCGCAAAUGGAACUGGUCACAGCCGACAUUGAAACUCGUAUAGCGACGGAAAAGCAGACUAACGACACUUUGGGUGAAGCUCGUCGUGUAGCAUCUGAAUGCAGAUGUCUACCCGCGUGUACUUCCAUAGAAUACGAGGCUGAAACAUCGCAGGCUGAUUACGACUGGAAGGCAAUUUAUAGAGCUUACAACUUACCGAUUGACGAAAACGAUAACGACCUUCUCUACGCUCGAGUGAUGAUUUUCUUUAAGGAAGCGCAAUUCAUAACAUCACGUCGUUCAGAAUUGUAUGGACAAACGGAUUUUCUUGCUAAUUGUGGCGGUCUACUCGGUCUUUUCAUGGGAUUUUCUAUACUCAGCGUAGCGGAAAUAUUAUAUUUUCUUACUUUGAGACUUUGCUGUUUGCUCUGGCGUCGACGUCAAAAUAAGAAAAAAGGGAAUUCAAAGAAGUAUAGUAACCAACAUCCGAAAAACGAAAAAAUUAAACAACUGUACGUUGAUUAAUUAUUAUUAUUAUUUAUUACGAGUACCAUAACAAAAUUAGCAGCUAUAGUGGCGACGGGUAACUUUAGAAACAUGUUAAACAUACAUACUUUAGAAAUAUUGUGAGUCGAUACAGUAUAAACGGGUAACAUUGGUAUAAUAGAGGGAGUUUCAGGAUACCAUUUAAAGUUUUGCGUAAAUGUGAUAUUUUGUAGAAUUAGGUGUCCCUCCAGAGGUUUUGAGUAGGUAAUAUGGGUAAUAUACAAUACAAAUUAUUAAAGGCCAUAGACUUUUUAAUUCUUUGUACUAUGACAAUGUUACUUCACAUCCAUGAUAAAAUAUUAUUUUAUAAUGGAAAAAAUUGGUAGUUAAUUGCUAGUUAAUUGGUAAUUAAUUUAUAUCAUAAGUAAUAGGAAUAAAUCAUAUUAUUAGAACCGUUUUUCCCCCGAAGGGUAAAAAACGGAUAUUUAGGUUUCAGCCGUAGCUUGAACCACA